GCGCCCUCCUGCGACGGAGGAAAAGCAUCGCUGUUGAUCGCGUCACAGUGACUCCGGCCCCAGCGUCCCCGUGUCCCCUCCACCUGGCAGUUCGUCGGGUCCCGGUGAGCACUCGGUGGAUUCGUUCCGGCCUUGAGUGUCGGUUAUUGAAGUUUGAGAGAUGGCUAAUGAACGAUGUUUAACAGAUGAGUAAUGCCCGUCGCUUAAAGACUGAAGGUAUGAGGCAAGACUCCCUAUUACUGCUUAAAGAAGAGGAUUUGAGAUUGAAAUUCAGGCACUGUCUUAAAGAGAGUUUGGGAAUAAGAAGCGUUCAGACAGGUUUCACGGUCAGACUCACAGGAUGCCAGCCAUCGAUCUCUCCCCUUGUGGUUAUCUUUCUCAAGACUCUUUCUGUCUCCAUGAGAAGUCAGAGGGGAAAAGGGUUGUAACUGGAUGUCUGACACAUUAUUCUGAGGACCCAGUGACCUUUGAGGACAUAGCUGUGGAAUUCACCCAGAAGUGGACUUUGCUAGAUCAAACUCAGAGACACUUGUACAGAGAUGUGAUGCUGGAGAACUACAAGAAUAUGGUUGCAGUGGAUUGGGAGAUUUCUCUUAAUAUCAAAUGCACAAUUCAGCAGAAUAUUGUGCAAGGGAAUACAUCCAAUAUGGUGGAAACGGACUUGGUGACUUUUGAAGAAGUAGUGGUGGACUUCUCGCAGGAGGAGUGGGCACUGCUGGACCCUGCUCAGAAAAUGCUGUACAGAGAUGUGAUGCUAGAGAACUUAAGGAACCUGGCCUCCGUGGGGGCAGGUUAUCAUCUCUGCAAACACAGUCUGAUCACUGAGGUGGAGCAGGAAGAACUGAGGACGGAGGACAGAAGUCUCCGAGGUGCCCGAUCAGACUGGGAUACUCAACUUAAAUCAAAACACACAAUUCCAAUACAAAAUGUUCCUGGGGGGAAAACUUCUAAUGGCAUAAAAAUGGCACCAACUCAUCCUGGUGAGAAACCUUUGGAAUUUGAUCAUUAUGGAAAAUUCUUCAGAAAGAACUGUCACCUUAUUUGUCCAAGAUAUUUCAAGGGAGAGAAAUGCUACAAAUAUAAAUAUGGGAAAGACUUUGGCCAUCGCUCAACUCUUAUGAGUCAUUUGAGAACUCACACUGGAGAGAAAAUUCUUGAAUUCAAUGAUCGUGGCAAAGCUUUCAAUGAAGAGGCCUCCCUUAGGAAACACUUAGGAACUCCCCCCAGAGAGAACGCGUAUGAGUAUAAGCAGUGUCUUGUGUCCUUCGGUUUACACUCUUCCUUUUUAGGACAUGAGCAAAUACCUAUUGGAGAGAAACUCUGUGAAUGCAGUGACAAUGGAAAAAGAUCUUCCCUUAGUGUCCACAAGAAGUUGUGUACUGUAGAGGAAAGCUCAAAAUGUAAUGAACACAGGAAAGUUUUCACUGGCCCUUUGUCCCUUCAGAAGUGUGCGAGACCUCACACUGGAGAGAAACCUUAUGAAUGCAGUGACUGUGGGAAAGCCUUUAUUUUUCACUCUUCCCUUAAGAAACAUGUGAGAUCGCACACUGGAGAGAAGCCUUACAAGUGUAAUCAUUGCGGAAAAUCCUUCAGCCAGAGCUCUCAUCUUACUGUGCACAAAAGAACUCACACUGGAGAGAAACCCUAUGAGUGUAAGGAAUGUGGCAAGGCUUUUACUGUACCUUCAUCCCUGCAGAAACACAUGAGAACCCACACUGGAGAGAAACCCUAUGAAUGCAGUGACUGUGGGAAAGCCUUUAUUGAUCAGUCAUCCCUUAAGAAACAUAGAAGAUCUCACACUGGAGAGAAACCUUAUGAGUGUAAUCAGUGUGGGAAAUCCUUUAGCACAGGCUCCUAUCUUAUUGUGCACAAGAGAACACACACUGGAGAGAAAACCUAUGAAUGUACAGAAUGUGGGAAGGCCUUUAGGAAUUCCUCUUGCCUAAGGGUACAUGUGAGAACUCACACAGGAGAAAAACCCUAUAAAUGUAUCCAGUGUGGAAAAGCAUUCAGCACCAGCACUAACUUAAUAAUGCACAAGCGAAUACAUACAGGGCAAAAACUUUAUGAAUGAAAUGACCAUAGGAUAGCCUUUAGUGGUCCUUCACACCUCACUCCUUAUUGUAGAACUCACACUGGAGAGAAACCUUACGACCAAUGUAGAAAGCCUUUAGGCACAACUCUUAAGUUGUACUGGAACCACCUUAUAAAAAAUUACAGUUAUAUGAUUGCUUUUAUCAGUGACUAUUUAUCCUUAAAAUUUGACAUUAAUUGAUGAGUAUUAAAUGUUAUGUAGCACUCUAAAUUCCCCUUGAUUUACACAAAAGUUUUGAUAAUGCUUUCAUUGUAAUUUAGUACUAAAUAUUGUCCAGUUCUCAUCAAGAUGUCUAGGACCUACAUUUAACAAUGUAUUUUUUAAUGUGCAGACUGUGCAUAUUUUAGUUACAGAUUUCUAAUUUAAUUGUAUUAUACAUAGAAUGCACGGUCUUCAUGAUAGAUUCUAAAUGACAUAGAAUCAAACAAAAUUGUUGGAGACUUGCUGUGUGUGUGGCCUAAUGUGUCAAAUGCAGCGAGUUACUGUCCCAACAUCCAUUGCUCCCUUCCUUCCCUAAAGUAACAGAACUACAGUUGUGUUCAAGUUGGCAGUGUGGACAACUUUUGAAGGAUUCAUCCAGCUUUCUUUGCAGCUGUGAGUGCCCAUGAGCCCAUAGUCUUGCCCAGUGGGAAAAUAGUGAGAGGGCACUAGAACCCAUGGAAAUGGGAGCGUGUCAUCUGGCAUUUUCUCAACCGUUUGCCCUUUAUCUUACAUCUUCUUUCCUAGAAAAUAGAGCAAUAGGAUGGCAGUCAUAGGCUACUGAAUAUACAACAGGGACAUACAGUAUUAUUUGGCUAUCCCAACCCUGGGUUGCUUAUUUCCGGACUUCAUGUAAUGAAAAAAAAAAAUAAACUCCUAACUGGUUUAAACCACUCUUGUGGGAAGAUUCCGUUACAACGGAUGUCAUAUGUAGUCAGGUUUUAGGAAUCCUUCAAGUAUGGUUAAAAACAAUGUAUAGUCUGUCAUUGCUGGGUAUAAAAGUCUCAGUGUAUCUGAUGGAUAAAUCUGUGUUUUUUAAAUCUGUAUCAUUACAAACCUUAGCACAUGGAUCUCUUUUAUCGAGAGAAAUAUGUUUAAAUGCCCCACUAUGAUUGUGGGUAGUCAGAUUAUUUUUUUAAAUUCUGCCCCUCUUGGAAUAUUUUGAGGCAGUAUAUUGGUAUAUUUGGGUGCAUACAAAUGUCAUUUGUUGUUUCUGGUAAAUUGUUCUUUUCAUUCUUA